UUCACCUUGUUGCAGUAGUUCGACAAUUUUUCCCUUUCAUUUUCUUCUUUCUGCCAUUUUAAUCAAAGCAGUCGUUCGGCAGUCACCAUCUCGCCGGCGUCCACUGAACCGAUCAUCAAUCCAUCGUUCACCGUCUCUCUCUGACCACUCUCUCUGCCUGUUCCAUCGUCCUCUCGUCCCUGUCAGUCUCGGUCCAUCGAUCUCGACUCUCUGCCACUGCUAACGUUCACCAUCUCGCCGGCGUUCACCCUCGUCUCUCUUUUCCAAAUCGGUCUUGCCCUCGGUUCACUAGCCCCAGUCUCUCUCUAUUCUCGACCCAACCCGAACCCUCUUCCGUUCAUCUUUCACUUUCCGUUCGCUUUCAGAAUCAUGCAAAACGCAGACUCCAGAUCCGAAUUCUUGGUGACCUAUGAUUCUCCCCAUCCUCUCUACGCCAUGGCCAUCUCUUCCCCCCAUUCACACUCUCUUAAUUUCCCCAAUCGCAUAGCGCUUGGCAGCUUCAUCGAAGAGUACACCAACCGCGUUGACAUUGUGUCUUUUGAUCCAGAUUCCCUCUCCAUUAAAGCCCAUCCUUCCCUCUCCUUUGAGCACCCCUACCCACCCACCAAGCUCAUGUUCAAUCCCAGUCCCCUCUCCUCUCUCUUGGCCUCCUCCGGCGACUAUCUCCGCCUCUGGAAAGUUGGAGAUUCUUCCAUCGAACCCCUCUCUCUCCUCAACAACAGCAAAACCAGUGAAUUCUGCGCCCCAUUAACUUCUUUCGACUGGAAUGAAGUUGAGCCCAAGAGAAUUGGAACGUCCAGCAUUGAUACCACUUGUACUAUUUGGGACAUUGAGAAGAGUGUGGUGGAAACCCAGUUCAUAGCUCAUGACAAAGAGGUUUAUGACAUUGCUUGGGGGGAAGCCCGGGUUUUUGCCUCUGUUUCCGCUGAUGGGUCGGUUAGGAUUUUCGACAUGAGAGAUAAGGAGCACUCUACCAUUAUAUACGAAAGCCCCCAACCUGAUACCCCUUUGCUUAGACUGGCUUGGAACAAGCAGGACCUGCGGUACAUGGCCACAAUUCUGAUGGACAGCAACAAAGUUGUUAUUUUGGACAUUCGCUCACCAAGUGUGCCUGUUGCUGAACUUGAGAGGCAUCAUUCCAGUGUCAAUGCUAUUGCGUGGGCUCCUCGGAGCUGCAGGCAUAUUUGUUCCGCAGGGGAUGACAAGCAGGCGCUCAUUUGGGAGCUGCCUAUGGUUGCAGGUCCCAAUGGCAUUGAUCCAAUGUCCAUGUAUUCUGCAACACACGAAAUUAACCAGUUGCAGUGGUCCGCCGCCCAACCUGAUUGGAUUGCUUUAGCAUUUUCUAAGAAAAUGCAGCUUUUGAAAGUUUGAGGACUGAGAACGUUUUCCACUGUACCUCUAGCUAUUGUGUAUCUACUGUAAUAUCCUUAACUUUUUGGUUUUCUCUCCUGUUCUGUAAACCUGAUGUCUUGCUAUAAGCUUGGUUUUAGGUUAGUGCUAAGAUGUUACUGCUACUACGCGGCUAGUAUAAAUGUUGGUGCUUCUUCUUGCUAACAAAGAACGCAUUCUAAGUUAA